AUGACCGUCGACGAGAAAAUAGAAGUUGAAAAUGAGGAAGGGGUCAGGAAAGGGUUCGAUUUGGACAUGAUCCUGACGACCGAGGUGGGGCAGUUCGGGCCCUAUCAGAUCUUCAUGGUCUUUUUGGCAACGUUCCCGGUUAUAUUCUCCGCGCUGGCCGCUGGAGAGUACAUCUUCACCACCUCUAGGAUACCCACCAGAUGUCUCAUACCGGAGUGCGACGACGUAGUGCCUUCCUAUGUGCCGGAAUGGCUCCUCAACGCCAUCCCGGGGAGCAGUCUGAGCAGCUUCGACAAUUGCCGGAGGUUUGCUAACAGCAGCUCAGUGGGUAGCCCGAUCCCGGGGCAGUGUCCGGCCGACUGGUUCGACAGAUCCCAGGAAGUGCUGUGCGAGGACUUCGUGUACGAAAACCAACUGAGCAUCGUGUAUGACUUUGGGUUGGCGUGCGAUGAGUGGAAGCGCUCCCAGAUCGGCUCCAUCCGCACCAUCGGCACGCUGCUGGUGCUGCCCAUCACCGGCUACAUCAGCGACCGCUGGGGGCGGCGCAUCGCGCUCAUCAUCAACGCCUUCAACACCGGCUGGCUGGGCCUCGUGCGCUCCUUCGUGCACUCCUACGACUGGUUCCUCAUCACCGAGGUCAUCGAGUCCACCAUCGGCGCCGGCGCCUUCUCCUCGUGCUACAUCUUAGUGACUGAGUUGGUCGGUCCCAAAUACCGUGUCAUCGUUGGAACCACGAUGUCGACGAUGUUCGCCGUAGGACAGGUGAUACUCGGACUGAUCGCAUGGGCCGUGCCCGCCUGGCGCCCCCUCACGCAGAUCCUCUACGCACCGCAACUGCUCAUCAUCUUCUACUUCUGGAUCAUGUCUGAAUCCGUCCGCUGGCUCAUGAGCAAAGGUCGCUACGAUGAGUCAGAAGUUAUCCUCAGAAAGGCGGCUAGAAUGAACAAAAGAAUGUUGUCAGAGAAGUCGUUACAAGCACUCCGUGCGACCGCAGAAGCUGAGAAGUUGAAAGAGAAGCCUAAUGAAGCUUGGUUGGCGAUUCAAGUGAUCCGAUCUCGUCGUAUACUGUUGCGAUGCAUCGUCUCUCCGAUAUGGUGGAUCACCAACACCCUGGUUUACUACGGCAUGUCCAUCAACGCAGUGAAUUUAUCAGGCAACCGCUACCUGAACUACGUGUACGUGGCGCUGGUGGAAAUCCCCGGGUACUGGACGGCCAUCUUGUUGUUGGACCGGGUCGGCAGGAAGCCGGUGCUGGUCGCCGGGUACUGGUUGUGUGCGGGAUGUCAGUUCGCUUUUGCAUUCAUACCGAGUGGUUACUACGGCUUGUCCCUGACAUUCUACCUGAUCGGCAAGUACGCCAUAGCCGUGGUCAUGACGUCAGUGUACAUCUACACCGCGGAGCUGUACCCCACCAAGUACCGGCACAGCCUGUUCGCCUUCUCGUCGAUGUUGGGUCGGCUCGGCUCCAUCACUGCGCCUCUCACGCCGGCAUUAGCUUUAACGGUUUGGGAGAGCUUUCCGUCAGUGCUGUUCGGUUCCUUCGCGCUGCUGUCCGGCGCGCUGAUCUUCCUCACCCCGGAGACCCUGGGCACCAAGCUGCCCGACACCAUAGCAGAGGCUGAGCAGCUCGGCGUUCAGAAACGAAAGUGAUCUCACGCAUAAAUAUAAUUAUUAGA